CCGUUAUAUUGCAUGAAUUGAGCAUGUCUGGUUGAUCUGGUUUUUUACAUUUAUGGGUUCUAAAUGUUCUGAAUUAAUUUUCACAAUGUAUCUGCCAGGUCUUAAACUGAUGUGAUAAGUGAGGAGCCAGACAGCUGCAGUAAGAGAGAGACUACUGCUGUGAUUAAGGUGGUUUUUAGCCAUACUACUUUCUUCUGUUCUCUUUCUUGCUGAACUAGAACAUCAUCUCUGUGUACCUCUGGGAAGAAAUGGUGCUCUAGAGGGUUUCAGUCUUGUCUUUUUUUCCCCCCAGUGAAUUACUGUGGAGAUCCUUGCAAAUAUUUUUCCCAUACACAAAGGGCUGAAGUCCCAUGAUGUGGAUAUUGGCCAUAAGAUACACAGGCUUUCUCUGAGCCACUUGCUGGAAGAGAAAGGUCAAUCCGAAGGGCUGGAGUAUUUUUUAAAUGGUCCUGUGUAUAAGAGCUGCUUCCCAAACCAAGAUGAGUAUAAAAUGAGACAGUUGCCCGUGCAGUUGAUUGUUGUUUUCUCUAAAAAAUGCUUUGGGAAGCAGGUGGGCACAGAGAAUGUCCAAGUGCAGUGUGGAGGCUGACGCUUUUGAUACUGUGUUUCAGAUACAGGUUAUAAUUUAUAAUUAUUUUUUUUUAAAAAAGAAAAAAGUCAAGAAGCUGAAUGUAUGCAGCUCUUUAAAAGAGAACAGCACCUCCUGCUGCCAGGUGUUUGUUGGUAAGUAUCUUAGGCAAUCAGAAUAACUUGUUCUGCAUUAAUUAUUUGCCUCUCCUACAGGAAAACCUAACAAAUCUUUGUUUUAUUUCCAGAAACUAAAGAAAAGAAAACUGUGUUAAAAUUCUUUUAAUUUUAUCUUUUAUAAGAACGCAGGAAUAAAUGCAGAGAACAAGCUAUUUACAAAGGAGAAAAAUAAAAGGCUUUAGCUUGGCACAGAAACCAUUUGGAGCAACGUAUGUCUGGAGCAGCAUUAUCAACGCACUUCAAACUCAAGUGGAAGUGAAAAAGCGUCGCCAGAACCUGAAGUGCUACCAUGACUGCUUUAUUGGUUCAGAUGCAGUGGAUGUUGUCUUUGCCCAUCUUCUACAGAACAAGUAUUUUGGGGAUGUUGAUAUUUCUCGUGCUAAAAUAGUGCGUGUAUGUCAGGCGCUGAUGGAUUACAAAGUAUUUGAGGCUGUUUCAACUAGGGUCUUUGGAAAAGACAAACGAUCUGUAUUUGAAGACAGCAGCAGUAGUCUCUACAGAUUCACAAAUGUCUCAAACCAAACGGAACUUGAUAAAGAUUACCAGCAGUGUACGCCACAAAGACAUGAGAAGAGCAUGUUGUUUCACUCUACUCCUGUCAAACCGGAAAGCUUGGAGGAUCUCUGGGAAAACCUGAGUUUAAAGCCUGCAAAUACCCCUCAAGUAAACAUCUUGGAUAGUUUGUCCCGUCGCGUUAUUAAUGAAGUAUGGCAAGAACAAACAAUUGCUCGACUGCUGCAGCUUGUGGACCUUCCGCUCCUUGAGUCUUUACUUGAGCACCAAGAGGUCAGACCUCAGCUUUCACAGCCAAGGAAGGGAACUGGAUAUGUCAUCACAAGUAAUUACCUAGACAGAGAGAUUCUUAAGGCUUUCAGUGACUCACAAACAGAUGAAUGGCUCUCAGCAGCAAUAGAUUGCUUGGAGUAUCUUCCAGAUCAUAUGGUGGUAGAUAUUAGCAGGAACUUACCUGAUGAACCAGAUAAAGCAGACACAUGGAAACUACUGCUGUUUGAAAACAUUGGUAGAUACUAUGGCCAAAAAAAGGAGCCACUGUUAAGCCAUGCGUCUGAAAUUCAUUCAGGAAUUGCGGAACUAUUAGUGAAUGGGAAGAUGGAGCAAUCUUUAGAAGCUAUUCAACUCUAUUUGAAACUUCUAGACAGCCAAGUCAGGGAGGAGUUCAGAAGGCUGCUGUACUUUAUGGCUGUUGCAGCGCAUAAUUCUGAGCUCAAACUACAGGAGGAGAGUGACAACAGGAUGGUUGUGAAAAGAACAUUCUCUAAAGCUAUUAUCAACAAUAAAACCUUAUCCAGAGGGAAAACUGACCUCCUGAUCUUGUUCCUUGUGGAUCACCAAAAAGAUGUGUUAAAGGUCCCAGGGACACUGCAUAAAAUGGUCAGCAAUAAACUGAUGGCUCUGCAGAAAGGCCAAGAUCCUAGUAAGAUAACAGGUUAUACCUUUUGCCAAAAACUUGAUGAAAGAGAAUAUCGCUCCAAUACAGAGAAGACCACAAAAGAUGAGCUGUUAGCUCUAUUGAAAGCUAUUGAUGAAGAUUCAAAUCUCUCUGACAAAGACAGAAAGAGACUGCUAGGUCAGUUUCAUAGUAGUAAUCCGAGUAUUUUUAUGCAGUAUUUUGGAGAUAGAGUUACUAAUAUGUGUGUGUGACUUUAAAGAUAGAUUACUUUCUAUACUCCAGCUUUGUAAACACUAAUAUAUUUGUAAAUCUCUUGUAUUUGUGUAUCUAAUAAAAUUUAUUUUGUGGAAAUGGA